CGCCGGCUCCCGCCGCCCCCCUGGCCCCGGCCCCGCGUCCCCAUGGCCGGGCAGGAGUGGGACUGGUUCCAGCGCGAGGAGCUCAUCGGGCACAUCAGCGACAUCCGAGUGCAGAACCUCCAAGUCGAACGCGAAAAUGUACAGAAGAGGACCUUUACCAGAUGGAUAAACCUGCAUUUGGGAAAGUGCAAGCCUCCUUUGAAAGUGAAAGACUUGUUUAUUGAUAUACAGGAUGGCAAAAUCUUGAUGGCGCUCCUGGAAGUCCUGUCAGGACAAAAGCUGAUGCACGAAUACAAAUCUUCAACCCAUCGCAUUUUUCGUUUGAACAACAUAGCGAAAGCACUUAAGUUCUUGGAGGACAGUAAUGUAAAGCUUGUUAGCAUCGAUGCAGCAGAAAUAGCAGAUGGAAAUUCCUCUCUGGUACUUGGACUAAUAUGGAAUAUAAUCUUGUUUUUCCAGAUUAAGGAGCUUACAGGCAACCUCAACAGGAACUCCUCCUCCUCCAGCCUGUCCUCUGGGCCCAGUGGUCCAGAAUCAGACACAUCCCCCAGCACUCCCAGCGUGGAGAGAAACAUGUCCAUUACAGUGAAGGAUCAGCGGAAAGCCAUCAGGGCCCUUCUAAUCUGGGUUCAGAGGAAAACCAGAAAGUAUGGCGUUGCAGUCCAGGACUUUACAAGUAGUUGGAGGAGUGGCCUUGCCUUCUUAGCUGUCAUAAAAGCCAUCGAUUGUACUUUGGUAGACAUGAAGCAUGCACUGGAGAAAUCAGCACGAGAAAACCUGGAGGAUGCUUUCAGCAUAGCACAGAAUAAACUGGGUGUCCCUCGGCUCCUCGAACCAGAAGAUAUCAUGGUGGAGUCACCCGAUGAACAGUCAAUUGUGACAUAUGUGGCACAAUUUCUGGAGCACUUCCCAGAGCUGGAAGGGGAAGACUUCACAGAUCCUGACAAGGAACUUCCAAUUGAGUCCACAUAUGUCCACAUCAAAGACACGCCGUCAGAAAAGGAAGGCAGAAUCUUGAUUUUAAGUGAAAGUGAACAAAACAUGUAUACUGUUAAUCACGAGAGGAGUCAUCCAGCUCCUCCAAAGGUCCAUAUCCAUGAUAUCCCUGAGAGAAUCCCAUCAGAAACCACUUCUGAAAAUUGUAAUGGGAAACUGAGUCAAGUGUUAGGCGAUUUACAGGGAAUGUCUGAAGAGGAGCCUCAAAGGCCUACCUCACUGAAAAUUACAGGACCUGUCAGUUUUGAAUCCAAUUCCUCUUUGGAGGUUCUAAAUGAUAAAUUCAUACCAGGUGAAGAGAGCAUCUCUGAUGAUGCACUGAAACAGAAUGAUGACCUUUCUCCAGCUAUUCUGACACAUCAGAAAAAUUCUGUUGACUCUUUUGAAGAAUACUCUGAAGAAUUAACUAAGGAAACCCCUACUGAAUAUGACAACGAAACCAAGAGCCUUUCAGCCAAUACUUCUUCUUUGAGUCCAUUAUCCUGGACUUCAGGUAUCCUUACAGAUGAUUCUAUUAAUAAAGUCGAAGAGAGCAAACCCCAGUCUUCAAUUCUAUUGCCAGAAGAUACAUCAAAACAAGAAGAUACACAGAAGUACAUUCUCCACCUUCUAAAUGAGGAAAUACAGACACUUCCACAAGAUGAACAUACAAAGGAAUCACCCGUCCUCGAGACAAUAGAAAUGAACCCUUGUUCACCAAAUGCUUCUAAACUCGAAAGCCAAGAACUAUCUACACAGCAUGAAACAUCUGAUGACUCUCUCUCAGACGUACCUAAAACUCCAGAGGACCUGGACAGCUGUGAUGAAGUUGAGUCUGCAGCUGAAGUGCUACCCAGUUCUUCGAAAGUAUCCGUGAUACCCCAUGAUCUCUUUUAUUAUCCACAUUAUAAUGUUCCCAUAUCAGCAGUUCUGAACGCUUACCUCGAGCCUUGCAUUGAAAGUUAUGAUACAGGAAAUGAAAAAGCUUCUUCUGAAACAGUAACAAAUGUUUUACAUGACAAGAACUUACCAGAACAGGACCACAAGGAAGAUGCUCCAGAGCCAGACUUGGAGAAUAAGCUAGGUACCCCUCCAUCAGAAACAGAAACUGAGAACAGUGAGGAGGAAACUACAAAAACAAGCAGUCAGGUGAAUUCUUCUGAUGAAAAAGAAGUGCCAUUACUUGUAGAAGAGUUAGAAAUAGAAGAAGAUGGCAAUAUGGCCACCAACCAUGAUUCCACUAUUCCACAACAUCCUGAGGCCAUAGCAGAAUAUCUAGAAGAUUUACCAAUAGCCAUAAAGACACCAGAAGAAAAUAGUAAUAGGGAGGAGGAAGAGAAAAAUAUAAUUGAAGAAGAUUUGCAGAUCUCAGAAGUUGUGACUACUACUCUGUCACAAGAUGACCUGGAAGAAAAUGCUGAAUUCCAGGAAUUUACCAGAGGCAAUGACAGUGAUGCCAACAUUCAUCUCCGAAAAAGGUUUUCUCGUAAUGCUUCUGAGGAGGAAACCUAUGGUGUAAAUGAGGAAAAGAUGACAGCUAUGGGUGAAAAUCCAUUAUUCAUCGGGAAGAAAAAGGACUUGGAAGCAAGCGAGACUCCAGCACCAACUCAUGAGAUAACGAUUUUUGAGCAGCCAGAGCUAUUCUACUUUAUCAUUUUCUUCUGGGUGCUGGUCUACUGCCUUUUACUCCUUCCACAGCUUCUUAGCAACAAAGCUUGACCUGUGUGAGGUGUGGAAAAUAAAGGGAUGGUGGCUGGAUUGCUUUGUGUAUCUGCAUAUGAAUAUGUUCCUUCAGGUGAAGCACAAACAGAAAUCCAGGACCUGGUAUUUGUGUUUCUUAUCAGGUUGUCUUCAAUUCCGCUACUGUUGUGCUAUGACAGUGUCAAAGCACGUUUUAUAUUAUGGUAAUUGUGUAAAUAUAUAUAAAAAUUAUCUGAUUUAGUAGAUGCAAUUUUGUACAUUUGUGCCUUGCUUUAUAAGAUGCUAAAUAAAACCAGAUUAUUAUCAGUAGAAGUAUGAACAAUUCAGAGCUCUAGUCUUCAAAAAUUAUUCUUCUGGCUUCAUUUUCUUAUGUAGGGACUGAUAGCUGUGGAAGAGGGAUGGUGUUACCUCUGGAUCUGACCACCUGCAGGCAAGGCUAGAAAUGCUUCUUCACAUUUUCCAUUUGAAAGUUGGAGGCAGAGCAGAGAUACAGGUAGUGAAUCACACACCAGGAAUUGAUUACAGUCUGAGCAGCAAAUCCAGUGGAGCAACAAAAUCAGGUUGAGGGUUCAUUGGGGUAGGGAAGUUUGACUUUUUUAGGAUUUAAAGUAAUUUUUCUCCUGUAUGAUUUGAUAUGUUUGAUUUGCAGCAAUAAAUUGGGUAUGAAGAUGUGUGAAUAACAUACGUGUUAGCUGCUUCUUAAGAGACUUUGUAUGGGAAAUCCCAGGCCAGAAACUAAAGUUUUUUAAAAGUACCUCAGUGCUUCUGAGUCUGCUUCUGCUUCAAUUUCUUUUCUGCUUUUAUUUACACAUCGCAGAAAGAUUUCUCUCUUUUGCAGAUACAAAAAAUAAUAGGUAAGCAGCUUUGCUGAGGCUACUGGUAAGGCACUAGGGCAUGGUAAAAGAAUUAGAAAUAUCUUUUAAGUGUCCAAUUCAAUUGAGAAAGAAAUGACAGAUAUAAAACUAAAUACAGAGAAGUGCUGACAACCAGUAUUGACUUCCUAGCACAACUGAAGAGGUUCCUGUGGGUCAUCCAUGGGCACAGUUGAGCCGCUUCUGCCUCUUUUAAGUUCUGUCCACAUUAAUGAUCACUUUAGGCUAUUUGAUAUAGAAUUUUUCCCAGAGAAGGUGUAAUCCAUGCUUUGUAGGACAAAAGAGAAGUCUUCAAUUUCAUAGUAAUAACUUUUCUCUGUGUGACUUUCAGUGAAGUCACUACUCCUCAUUGGCACAUUUUUAGUUUCACUGGACGCUUUAUGAGAAUACAUCACAUUGCUGCUUCCACCUGAAAAUUCAGAAGGUUCACUGCAAUGUGCUUCCUAAAAUGAAGGGUGUUAUAAUUUUACACUGAAUGAAAAAUAAAUGACAUGGCUAUAAGUUUUACAUAUUUUGUUGUAGCAUAAUGUGUAUCCCUAUCCUGGCUAAAUUUUCAGAUGAACUAAUAGCACCUGGGAUCAAGAUACUUUAAAAUAUAUAGCAAUUUAUUUGCAGGUAUUUAAAACCUGUCUGUAGUCAUGUUAUCUGCUGAGGUAAUCCUAACCAUCUGUCAUACUUCAUUCUUCUUCAUAAGCUUUUUGUUCCCCUGGGAUUUUUCUCCUGAGCUGCAGUUAGAAUCCAAUAGAAGUAAGGAAUGACAGGAGAUCUUAAACAUUGAAGAUAAAAUUCUGGACACUUUUCAACAAAGCUGAAAUCUUUCCUAUUCUGUCCUGCCACUGUUAACUAGAGCUGGAUUAAUCCCAUGAACCUAGAAAUAAGUUCCAUUGUUUUCGGUGAUGAAAAGAUCCAAAUGUCCCAACUUAAUUUGGUUUAAAUAAGCUUAAGUAAAAAAAACAAAACAAAACAAAACAAAACAAAAAACAACAAAACAAAACAAAACACCAAAAACCCACAAACCCAAACAUUUCUUUCAUCUUGUUCACGAAAAUAGUCAAGAUUUUGAGUCAGCCGAUUUUGUGAUCCAUUAACCUGUUUGUGCCUAUUGUGGAAGACAACGAUACUUUUUACAGAAAAAAAAACUAUAUUAGAAUUUUUGAAAGUGCUUUCUGGAAGUAGGCUAAAAUAAAAAAUUGAAGGGUUAGUGCUUUUUCCUCUGAAAGAAUAAAACUUAGUACAAGAAAAGUUUUAUGCUUAUCCUGAAAAUCAGGGAAUAUCAGGCUGGGGUAUAGCAUCUAUUUAAUAGCAGCAAGCAGCAGUGCUCUACACUAGUUUCGAGCAAAACUAUUGACAGCUUUUCAUUAUGUUCCACUCUUCAUAGGCUUCUUUGGUUUAUGAUAACUUUUUCUGACCCCUUAGAUCUUUACUCUGGUUCUUCCAUGUUUAUUAAUCUUCAGCAGAAGCUGUUUGCAGCUGGAUUGCAGUCUCUUUAUAGGGCUUUACAGCUAUCAAAGUUCAAUCAAUGCUCCCUUCUUUUUUCUUUCCUCCUAAGAAAAUUAAUGAGGAUGAGGAGCUCUUUGGAUGUCUUAGCUAAACUACUGACAUCCAUGAAGAAUGGAAAGGUGAAUGGGAAUGUGCAGUUGCCAGAAAUGUCAUCACACACUAUUUUUGUCCAAGAAGGAGAAAACCCAAGGUUCUCUUUAUUACCUGCCACUGAUGAAUAGCGACUGAUACAUUGAAAUUAAAUGUCAAACAGCAUCCCACAAUUGUCUUAGUCAUCUCAGCCAGUGUUUCAACUGAUGUACACUAUCCAGUCUAUCCCACUGAGAGACAGAGAUUGCUUCAUCCAUCCAUAACAGAUGAAAAAAAAAAAAAAUACUAGGUCAUUUCAUGAUACUUGAUAUAAUAUUGCUUUCAAUUUUUGGGUUUUGUUGUGGGUGUGCUAUAAUAGAAGCAGUGUACCUUACCCAGCCAUUCCAUGGGUGAGAAGAUCCAGGGUAAAGCACUAAGAGUGAUUACACUGGUGUUGUCAAUUGUGCUUAAAAAAAUUACUGAACUCUUCAAGAGUUUUUUGCCUUUACCUGGACAUCUGACACCUGCAUAAGCAGCAGCUUCCUCCAGUUAAACUGACUGGUGAGCCUGCAUCUCUUCUUCCACAGUGCAAGUCCAAUUCCUUAAUGUAAGUGCCCUCUUCCGAAAACACUGCUUGGUUUUGGGGUUUGUGGCCUAUUCUGAGCUACUGCCUAAAAGCCUGAUUAUGAAACAUUUAUUAUGGCAAAGCCUGUUUUUAACUUACUGCCCAGAGGAAUGGUUGGAGAUAGUGGAGGGUUUAAACCCUGGUGGGCAAUCCACUGUCUAACCCAUUUGCCAACAGAUAUGUGCACUGUCUUAAUACCGAAGUUUUUGCAGAACUUUUGCCUGGGUUGAAAAAUGCUCAUCUUGAACUGACCACAUCUGGUAUAUUGAUUUAGUGGCUUAAUUCAGAUAUAUAGGGGUACUAAUCUGUUAAGACUCUUUCUAAAACCUGCUGGUUUUGAGCAAAUGUGGGUAGCAGAGCAUUGUGACGUGUAAGUGUCAGGAAGUGCCUUGAGGAUCACUGGAUAAAGGAUGUUUGGUGUUUACAGAAGCAGCAUUAAAGAGAGUGGCAACUGUACUAGGAUGGUUCAAUGUCAUUGUAGUCACGUAACUUAACUGCAAAGUGUUCCAUCAUGAUUUUAUAGAAAGUGCAAGGAAAGAUACACUGCUAAAGACAGAACCCCACUAAGAAUUUAUGGGGCAGAUGACUUAGAGUUGAGGAAAUGAGUUAAACAGUCACAUAAUCUACAAACUGACCAGAAUAUAGCUUUUGCCAAUUUGUAGGAAAUUAUCAGUGCAAAGGCAGGGUAAGCACAGACUACAGUAAAAAACGACAAUCAGUUUUCAGUGCCAUGAAUAUUUUUGAGAGAUUGAGCUCUAAAAUGUAUUUUUAUUCAGUUUCUAGAUUGUAAUGAAUGUGUCUACAGAAUUUUAUGCAAAGCUUGAGAGUUCAGCUGUUUUAAAAUAAUUUUUUUUAUAUAGCAGUGAUUAUUUUAUCUAUAUAUUUAAUAGAACUGUAAAACCAUUUUAAGAGUACCUGUAAAAUUCUAUGUAUGUGAUACAAUUAUUUAUUAAUAAUGACUCAUGAGAAUGAACAUUAAGCUAUGCAUUGGUUGUGUCAUCCAUCUGAAAACUGGAAACUGCAAACAGAAGAGCUUUUAAUGAACAGCAGAUCUGAAAAGCAGGGAAAAUGAUUGAAUACAUUUGUGUGAUUCAUAAAGCUGCAUAGCAAUAUGUCAUUUUGUGAUGUUCAACUUUCAGCUAGAGUUGCAAAAUAUACAGUGAUUGAGCUACUUUCUUCCAUUAAAACUUCCUGAGGCUGAAA